GCGGCCUCUACGCGGAGAAAUCCCUCCUGGUUCAAGAGAGUCAACUUGAGUUCCGGGAGUGUGAGGCGAUCGUCGGCGGGAGCAUCUUCGUGCAAAGGGGCCUGUACCUGAGCAAGUCGCACUUGAGCGUUCUCGACAGCAAAGCCGAAGAGUUUGGAGGAGGAAUCCACGUUGCGCGCUUCGAUGUCGACGACCGGAGCGCCGCAUCGUUCCGGAACUGCGUGGCCGGA